AUGCAGGAUAUAAAUAGAGCAGUAAUGCUAAAGAUGAAAUACGUGGAAGAGCUACUAACCAAGCUAGAAAAUCGUGAGGCUCCAUCCGUGACAACGCUCCUAAAGGAGGAAAUAGAUCGAUUGAAGCAGCAGAUUUUAGAACUGAAAGCCAAAAAUGAGGAAAAGAUGGUUGUUGGAAAAGAAGAAAAUGGAAGUAGAGUACGGUACUACCUGAAGGAUGGAAGUGUUUAUGUUGUGAAAGGAAGAGAGUACAGAUAUUUGUAUGAUGCAAAGUCAAAAGUGGUGACAUAUGAAUUUGAGAAUGGGCAAAUUGAAAGAACAUUCCAAAAUGGACUAAAAGAAAUUAGAAAGAAGGAUGGAACGGUUGUUGUAAAGACAGGCCCCAAGGACUUUGAUUACAUGGGUUGA